UCUCGCGACAAAAAACGUGAUGGCCCCCUUUUAACAAGGGAUGGAAACCCCGUUCCAUCCUCUUCCCUUCGCUGUCCAGAAGCAAGGAUGCCUGGUGUAACAGUGAAAGACGUCAACCAGCAGGAGUUCGUCCGUGCCCUGGCGGCCUUCCUGAAAAAGUCAGGAAAGCUGAAGGUGCCUGACUGGGUGGACCUUGUAAAGCUGGGUAAGCACAAAGAGCUGGCUCCCAGUGACGAGAACUGGUUCUACAUCCGAGCUGCAUCAACAGUCCGUCACCUGUACCUCAGAGGUGGUGCUGGUGUGGGCUCCAUGACCAAGAUCUAUGGUGGGCGCAACAGGAACGGUGUGUGCCCUUCCCACUACAGUGUAGGAUCAAAGAAUGUGGCCCGCAAGGUGCUUCAGGCACUUGAACUGCUCAAGAUGAUUGAGAAGGAUCCUAAUGGUGGUCGCAGACUCACCUCCCAGGGAACCAGAGACCUGGACAGAAUCGCUGGCCAGGUUGCAGCUGCAAACAAGAAAACUGUUUAAUAAAUCAUUUUUGAGAAAGCCCAGAUGCUGUAUGUUUUUUUUCUUAACUAUAUGUAUAUGCAGUCUUAAGAAUUUCAUUGACUAUUUCUGGAGCUUUGUAGAUGUGGACACAAGUGAAAUGGUUUAAAUGAUCUGAUUAACCAAUUACCUGGAG